AGACAGAGAAGUGUCCGAUUUCGUUGUUUUUGUCAGCGUUGUUUUGACACGGACGGAUCAAAAUGAUAAAGCCUGUUUAGUGGCACUGUAUUUGAUGGAUAACCGUGCUUGUGGUGCGUUUUAAUUGUGGGUAGGAAAGAGCAUGCGAAUCUGUAACUUUUAACUUGCUUGUGUUUGGACUCACACUACAUGCUACUGUUUUUAGCAUUUCAGCUAGCUGGCAUGCCGUGAGUUUCUCUAGCCUGACAAAAAUAUGACCACUUGUCAAAGAUGAUCAUUUGAUACUGUGUGUUGAGUAUUAUUAGCUCUGCAGACGACCAUCUGCACAUUACUUGUGUAGUUUAAUGCCAGAGAUAAUACUAUAUGCCUUAUGCUGCUUUUGGCUGUUGCAGAUCAACCCGAGCCGACAUGGACUCCGUAGGGUCACAUCAGGCUGGGCUCUAGCCUCCUCUUCGGUCCAUGUAAACACUGGACCCAGACGUCUGGAUUUCUAUGACACAACCAAUUUAUGCACAGCUAGAUUCUGUGGAAUCGCACUUGGACGACCUCCCAUAUAUGUUUUAUCUAGGCCUGUUCUUUGUGAACGUGCUGAUCCUGUACUAUGCCUUUCUGAUGGAGUACAUAGUCCUGAAUGUAGGGAUUGUGUUUUUGCCCGAGGACAUGGACCAGGCCCUAGUGGACCUUGGAGUUCUUUCUGACCCAGCCUCCAUGCCCUAUGACACGGACACUGAGCUGGAUGUAUUUGAAGGCUACCUCGAGUGACUAGGCCCCUUGGAACUGAUGCUGAUAAAACAUGGGGCAGCAAAAGCACUGCUGGGCCAAUGGGGACGGCCAUGUAUGCACCUCAGCAAAUUUGAAAGGGUAACCAGAGUGGAAGUGCUGCCAGCCACUUGUAGUGGCCGUCCAUCAGGAAGAUUAUGCAAAAAUGAAUAAGCAAGUACCUGCUUAUUUGUCGUUUCUUCUGCAAAGAAAGGAUUAGACAAUUCUCAGGCCUGGUGUAACUCCUCACUGCAAAGACCAAUUGAAAAUAAUCUUAAGUUGGUUCUGUGAAAUAAACUGAGCAAUGGAGACAUAUAAAGGAUGUCUAAAUAAUUGCUGCCAAUUAUUUAGACACCACUGUUGAGAAAAGUAACAGUGAGUGCUUUAGUUUAGGAAGAAAGUAUUUUUAUUUAUAUCUUAAAUGCAAAUUGCAACAGCCUUGCUGCUUACAUGGAAUAUUUGAGAUGCUUUCUCACAAAACUAUUAUAAACACUGAACAUGACACAUCCAGCUGUCAUGAGCGUCUCCAGAGCCCUUUGGUCAUCGGCUUACACAAGUAGACUUACACUCUGUUGUGCCAAUUUGUUUGAUUCACAUUUGUUCUCAGCAUGACUGUAUGACUUUGUAAAAUAUUUUAAAAUGGAUGUUGCUUUC